CCGCGAGCUCGCGAAGGACCCGGGGUCACGAGACCGUUGGGUGGGCGGAGCCGGCGGCCGGGGAGGUUCCAGUCUGUUCUGCCUCGCGGCAGCCGCCCCCCUCCCUACCGCGGUCACGUUGAGCCAGCGCCCGGGCCUGGAAUCGGGGCCGCCCGCCGACCAUGGAUCCCCGCAAAGUGAACGAGCUCCGGGCCUUCGUGAAGCUGUGUAAGCAGGACCCGAGCGUCCUGCACACGGAGGAGAUGCGCUUCCUGAGAGAGUGGGUGGAGAGCAUGGGAGGUAAAGUACCACCUGCUACCCAUAAAGCUAAAUCAGAAGAAAAUAUCAAGGAAGAAAAAACAGAUAGUAAGAAGCCGGAGGAGACCAUACAGACAGACGAGCCGUCAAGUGAGGAAAGUGAUCUAGAAAUUGACAAUGAAGGUGUAAUUGAACCAGACACUGAUGCGCCUCAGGAAAUGGGAGAUGAAAACGUAGAGAUAACUGAGGAGAUGAUGGACCAGGCGAAUGAGAAGAAAGGGGCUGCCAUUGAAGCCCUAAACGAUGGUGAACUGCAGAAAGCCAUCGACCUGUUCACAGAUGCCAUCAAGCUGAAUCCUCGCUUGGCCAUUCUGUACGCCAAGAGAGCAAGUGUCUUCGUCAAAUUACAGAAGCCAAAUGCCGCCAUCCGAGACUGUGACAGAGCCAUUGACAUAAAUCCUGAUUCGGCUCAGCCUUACAAGUGGCGAGGGAAAGCACACAGACUUCUGGGCCACUGGGAAGAAGCCGCCCAUGAUCUGGCCCUUGCCUGCAAACUGGAUUAUGAUGAAGAUGCCAGUGCAGUGCUGAAAGAAGUUCAACCCAGGGCCCAGAAAAUUGCAGAACAUCGGAGAAAGUAUGAGCGAAAACGUGAAGAACGAGAGAUCAAAGAAAGAAUGGAAAGAGUUAAGAAGGCUCGAGAAGAGCAUGAGCGAGCCCAGAGGGAGGAAGAAGCCAGACGACAAUCAGGAGCUCAGUAUGGCUCUUUUCCAGGUGGCUUUCCUGGGGGGAUGCCUGGUAACUUUCCUGGAGGAAUGCCUGGAAUGGGAGGGGCCAUGCCUGGAAUGGCAGGAAUGCCUGGCCUCAAUGAAAUCCUUAGUGAUCCAGAGGUUCUUGCAGCCAUGCAGGAUCCAGAAGUUAUGGUGGCUUUCCAGGAUGUGGCCCAGAACCCUGCAAAUAUGUCGAAAUACCAGAGUAACCCCAAGGUUAUGAAUCUUAUCAGUAAAUUGUCCGCCAAAUUUGGAGGUCAAGCAUAAUGCUCUUCUGACAAAGCCCUUGCUGAAGGAAAAGCAGCCCAGAUCACCUAAUGGAUGUCGCAAUAAUACAAACCAGUGUACCUCUGACCUUCUCAUCAGAGAGCUGGGGUGCUUUGAAGAUAAUCCCUACCCCUCUGCACCAAAUGCAGCUGAAACAUUUGACAGUGGUUUGUCAUUAGGGUAUUCACUCAGAUAAUGUUUUCCUACUAGGAAUUACAAACUUCAAACUUUUUAAACCUUAAAAAUGUUUAAAACACAUUAAAAAGGGUGUUAAUUCCUCCAUUUUUCUUUGCUAAUCAUUUUGAGUUUUUUUCCUUUGAAUAAUUGGGCGAGGAAGAUACAUAAGUACAGAAGAUUUAUUGCUCUAGUGUGAGUGAAAUAAAGGUUAGUAGUUGGCAGCAUAUAUAACUCAUUUAAAUAGAUGAAGGUUUAGUUGGAUACAUGGUUACUGAGGCAUUUUGAUUUGUCCUUAAAUGCUUUAUUUUUCAAAAAUAAAGUGAUUUAUUUCAAUAAAACUUGGGACCACCAGUAUUUCUGUAGGACCUGGGUAGGCACUGGAAGCACUUGGCAGGCAGCGGCAGUCUUACCAUGUUUUACAUGCCACGCACCCGUGAGCAGAUUACACGGAAAUCUCACACUGCGGUGAGGGGAUAGUCUUUUGUAAUGCUGCACUAGUGUUGGGCUACUUAGCUCUGUUCUUGUCCAAUAUAUCAAAUAAAUGCUUCAUAUUAUUUCCACAGAUAAAAUACAGGAGUACUUUUCUUGUUAUAUUUCUGUGUUUAAAAUUAGCUUUCCUGAUCAGAAACUUCCAAACUCUGUGUCCAUUUUCUGUUUGUCAUAUUUUUCCUUAUAAUCAUCUUGAGCUCAAGAAGAUUUUUCACUAGCAACCGCACAACUGUCCUUAUUUACAUUGUAAUUGUGCAAGCAUAUUUAUGCUGGGUUUAAUUUGAUAUGUAAUAUAUACAGUGAUUGUAGAGUAAUGCCCUUAACAGCUGUGGUUUCAUACUUGGCACAAGGUCACCUGGUGAAGUGAUUUUCUGGCAAAAUCUUUUUAUCUGAAGACAUUAGAAGAAGGGAUCCCCUUGCGUAUUCAGUCUAUCACAGUUAAGAGUUCAUCUUGUGGUAUUCACCUCCAUGUGUUGAAGAGUGUUAAGAUUUGAAUUACUUGAUAUGAGGGGAGUGUGAUUUCUUGACCCAUCGUCAAAUUGUAACAUAAUUGAGAGCCAAAGUUAUUCAUGAGUUAUUUCCUACGAGUGAGCCAUUAUCUUCCUAUGCAAGCUUUUCCUUAAACAGUGCGACCAUAUUGCCACCUCUGCUUUCUCCCCUUCCUUCUGCAAAGAUAAAAUGAGAAUAAAUCCCAUGGAGUACGUUUCUGAAAUGGUACUCUUCUGACAUCAUACGUCUUUUCAGGUUCUUACUCCUUGCUGUUCAGAAGCAGACAGAAGUACAUCUGUUAAGUUACUAAGAAAAACUUGUGUGCUGAUAGAGCAUGCUUUUUAUAAAUCUCUUAAAAACACUAAACUUGAA